GACAGAAGAGGCAAGGCAUCCCUACACGUGAUGAGAGAAUACAUAGCGCCCUUUGGGAUAGGUCUGGCCUAUCCUAAAUACGUCCCUUACAUAGCCAAGUUCAACACCAUCAUCAGGAAAUUGACGGAGGCCGGUCUAGCCAAGAAGUGGUUAGCUGAUAUAAUUAUUAAGAGUAAACAAGCCAAGAUUACUCGUAGGAACAAGCAGGAAGGUGACCCAGGGGCCUCCGACGAGUCAGAGGAAGCCUCACAGUUUCGACCUCUGACUAUGGACAACCUUCAAGGGGGUUUCAUCCUCUUGUUGCUAGGUUAUGGCCUUAGCACUCUGGGUUUGAUGGCUGAAUUGACUUUCAAGGUCAUCCUCGGGCACUGUAUAGGCUAGUAAUGGAGUGACACUUGAUCUUUGACCUCAUAAAUGAAUAUCUUUAUCAGUCUAUUUGUCUCGCAUACACGCAGCACAACGAGAAGCAUUCGACGAACAUUGGGCACACCUGAAACAACGGGGUAGCGCCACUAUGACGCUGUAACCUCCACUACAAGGAGU